UUCUUUGACGUCACGUGGCGAAAUUAGAUGGUGGGGAAGAUAGAAUUUCUCAUCAGCUGUGUAUAAUAUGGUUCUUUGAAUGGCUGCUCUAAUGCACGGUAAAACGAAAAAUCUUGUAGUUUCUGUAAAACGUCUAGUCGAUCGUUCACAAAUAAUCCUUCAAUGAAAGUUUACAACCAUCAAAUCAUCCAGCCACGCGUUGGCAUUAUAAAUAAUAUCUCUUAACCUAAAAAAUGUAUUUGCAAACAUUCUGCACAGUCACCGUAGUAUAAACUGACCUCAAAUACUAAUAUAGACGCGUAAAUUUUUGGUGAAAUCGUUUUACUAGAAACACGACAGUGCAUUAGAAAUGGCGGACAAAUUGGAACAUCUCAGGAUCUAUUUCGUCACAUGGAAUGUGGCAACUAAACAUCCGGAGCAAAAUUUACACCAACUUGUUGAUCUCACUCACAGUACUUCGUCAAGAACAUUGCCAGAUUUCUAUUUUAUCGGAUUACAGGAAGUGAAAGCCCAGCCACAGAAUAUGGUAUUAGAAAUGUUCUUUGAAGAUCCAUGGACUAAAUCUUUUAGGGAAAUAUUGAAGAAAUAUGACUAUGUAAAAAUACGUUCACAGCGUUUACAAGGACUUGUUUUAAAUGGUUUUUGCUUGCGAAAACACAUUCAGCACUUAAGAUUGAUCGAAGCUCAGUAUACAAGAACAGGGUUCAAAGGCAUGUGGGGUAACAAAGGAGCAGUUAGCAUAAGAUUAAAUAUAUACGGUGUCAGUAUGUGUAUUGUAAACACGCACUUAACACCUCACGAUCAUUUACUGACAGAUAGAAUUACGGAUUACAAUACGAUACUCACGAAUCAUAGCUUUACUUGUGCAGAUACUUCGAAAAUAUUAUACCAUGACUAUGUAUUUUGGAUUGGGGACUUAAAUUUUCGACUGAACGGAGAGAAUCUAACCGCUACAGAUAUCGAUGUAUUGGUUAAAAAGAAUGAACUAAAAUGCUUGUUGGAGAAAGAUCAGUUGAAAAUGGUGAUGCAAAAUGGCGAUGCUUUUGCCGAGUUAGAUGAAAGUGCUAUUACAUUUCCUCCAACUUACAAAUACGAAUUUGCUUCGCAGGAAUUUGAUCUCAAGCGUAGACCUUCUUGGACUGAUAGAAUUUUGUACAAAGUGAAUGCAGAUGUUUAUGAUGAUGUUAAGCUUAGUGCUAUCCAGCGUAAUUACAAAAGUCAUUCCAAUUAUAUACAAUCAGACCAUAAACCCGUCACAGGAGAAUUUGAUAUCAUUGUUAGGUCUGGAGUAGAAGAUCAUGGUAUAGAGUUCCAACCCAUAUCAGAAUGGUUCAUAGGCGAAGAAAAUUCUGUGUCAUACAAAUUAUUGGGAGAUGCUAGACCCUCUAGUGGUGAUUGGAUAGGCCUCUUCCAUAAUGAAUUUUCCAGCUUGGAUGAAUAUAUUGUCUAUGAGUAUGUAAGUCAAGGCCAAACGUUUCCAACUUCUUUCGAGCCUAACGCGAUCACGGAACGAAUUUACUUCAGCGGCCCGGCUCUUCGUUCACCAGGAAUAUAUCGCUUGGUCUAUGUUGCUCAACGACAAGAGAAUCUGAUUGGAAUUCUAGGCGUUAGUCCACCAUUUCCAGGUCAUCACAGACCUACUUGAUAAAUACAAUUUAACUCUAUAGUAUAAACGCAAUAGAUUGUUUAUUAUGUUACUGAUAGGCCGAAUAUACUUGCGAUAUGUGCGUGUUUAGUUGUGAAAUUCACGUGGGUUGAUACACUUCUGUCGAGUUGCUCUAAAUUAUUAUUCACGCUUACAGUAGGGUUUACUUUUAUAUUUUUUAAAAAGUGUAUUGAACGAUUUUAAUGUUCAAAAUAAUUACAACGCACUAGGGGAAGUAAAAUAGUACAUAUUUAUGUACUUAUAUACAAUAUAUCAUACAUCAGAGGACCAUAAAGAGAUUAAGUGCGAUGCUAUUUUACAGUAUGACAAGUUACCACGAUUGGACAAAGUGAAUUAUGCAAAUUACGCAUUAAGACUUUUUAGAAUUGUAACUUCAGUUAAAGUAAGAAUUACAGUUGCUACUGUAUCUUUCAGUAAAUGACGUACAUUUUCUAAAAUAGUUCGUUUCUUUAAACUAUUGACAUAUUAAAAUGAAUGUUUUAAUUUAUUUAUUUUUUCUAAUAUACGAACGAACAAACUUCUUCAUAUAUAUGGGUUUUUAUAAAACUGACAACAUUCCUGAAUUCUGACAAUACAAUAUCUACUGAAGAAUACAGUAAAAUUUUAAUGAAAUAGAACAAACAAACUCAUACACAAAUGUUAUCUAACGAUCGGUUUCUUUAUGAGUGUUUGAAAGUUACAUUUAGUACCUGGUUUUUCUUGUCGGGCUAUUGCCCAAAGACGCUAGUGAUUAAGUUUUUCCUUUUUUUUUUUUUAGAGAGAGUUUAUUAGAUAGUGUUAACACGAUUUUAUGCACCUUGCGUAUGAGGGCAUUCGUAGAUAAAAAUUGACUGUUGGUUUAAAAACCUUCCAAUUGGAUUGACAGAUAGUUGCGGCGGUUUGAUUGUACAAAUCUGCGAUUAUUUUAUUUGUAUAGCGCAAAUAAAAACGCAAGAAAAUUGAACAAAUAUAUAUUGUGGUAUAAAAGGGUAUGCAAAUAAAAAAUAAUAUUUUUUA